GACCCCUAAUGGGAUAAACCGAAAGAAGAAGAAGAUCUUCUCUGGAGAAGUGAAGGUUAGCAUUCGACACAGAACCACAAGACUCUAUUGUCUACCCUCAGGAGCCUCAGUAUCCAUGAAGCAGCAUGGGAAUGAUUUGCUUCCUACCUGGAAGGUCGCUCAUACCAGAUACCACAGCUUCCGCUCGGAUCUCGGCAUGCUUGGUGGACAUAUCUUCAUGGAUGAGUGCUCAUCAACUAAAACUCAACCCCAGCAAAACAGAACUUCUGGUCAUCCCAGGGGAUUCAUCUCCAUGUCAAGAUCUCUGAAUAACUCUUCAUAACUCUCUGCUCUUCCUUUUAGCCACUGCUUGCAACCUUGGGUUUGUGGCAUAUAAACAAAUUGAAAGGGAAAGGGAAAACCAAUAGGAGACCAAGGUGAAGCGGCGUCCCCUGUAGAGGUCCGGAAAGGAGCGACACCCAUAGAGAAGACCGGAGGCUGAGCAAAGUCCCUGGCAAAGAUCAGAGGCGGAGCAUCGUCCACAGUGGAGUUCAGAGGCCGAGCAACGCCCACGGCAGGGAACCGGAACUGGAGGGCGUCAAUGACGAAGACAGGAGGUUAGGGGAUGUCACUGGCAGGAGAUCAGAUGCCGAACGAUGUCCUCAGCAGAGAUAGGAGACUGAGAGACGCCCAUGGCGAAAUCCUGAGGCCGUGUGAUGUCCCCGGUGGAGACCAGAGGACGAGCAACGGUCCACGUCUUCGCCGUCGGAAAGGCCUGGAGACGAGAUGUCGCCCUGCGGGGAACUUGGAGGCGAGACGUCGCCUUCGGGGAGACCGUGAGGCGAGCCGUCGCUUUCGGGGAGACCGUGAGGUGAGCCGUUGCUUUCAGAGGAGCCCGGGGGCGGCAGUACGAUGUCCCCUUCGCGGCCAGGCGGCGGUACGACGUCCCUUUCGCGGCCAGGAGGUGGUACGACAUCCCUUUCGCAGCCUUGGGUCUGAGCGGAGUGCUCUGGGGAGCUCUGGAGCGGAACGGUGCUCUCGGGGGAGCUCUGGAGCGGAGAGGAGCUCACAGGGACUCUCUGGAGCGGAGAGGAGCUCACGGGGAUGCUCUGGGACAGAGAGGAGCUCACGGAGACGCUCUGGGACAGAGAGGAGCUCCUGGAGGUCCUGGUGCGGAGCCGAGCUCUCCGAGGUCCUGGAGCGGAACGGAGCUCUCCUGGAGGUCCUGGAUCAGAAAGGAGCUCUUGGAGACACUCUGGAGCUGAGAGGAGCUCUCGGAGACACUCUGGAGCUGAGAGGAGCACUGUAACUGAGCCGCACGCUCAUGGGAACUCUGGCACGGAGUCGUGCGCUCGUGGGAACUCUGCCGCACGCUCGUCAAAUCCCUGGGAUGAAGCCGCACUUGUCAAAACUCAGGAACGGAGCCGUGCGUUCUGACGCGCCUUGGAACGGAGCAGCGCGCUCUGACGGACCUUGGAACGGAGCUGCACGCUCUGAAGAAUCUUGGAACGGAGCCGCGCGCUCUGAAGAACCUUGGAACGGAGCCGCGCGCUCGUGGACGCUCUGGGAUGGAGACGCAUGCACUGAAGAAAUCAGGAACGGAGCGCUCUCAUACUCGAGGGAGUUAUAGCAGAGGUCCGCCAUGUCCAAACAUCCCCAGGAGAAGCCUGAUGAAGCCGGUGUACGAGCCAAGAUCAUUUCCAUUGGUGCUCCACAGUGCGCUGGCUCUCAAGAGAGCAUCACCAGCCAGGAGGGAAAUGCAGAAAGCGAUCUUGGCUUGUUCCGAGGGAAAUCAGGAAAAAUUUACCUCUACGUAGUAGAGAGAAAAUCCUCCCAACUCCUCCCAACUCAGCACUCUCGCCGGAGAAACGCGCCGGGUAUCCCCUCGUGCUCACCGAGGGGCAUGGCGUAGCCACGCUUACAUGAUCUGACUUUGGAGAGCCUAAACCGUGAGGAGCGGCAUGGAGAUUCCGGGAAGAAAACGAAGUGGAAUCGAGCUGCUGACUAUUCGCUGCAGAGCGAUUCCUUCCGUUUCGGUUUUGUUUUCGGUUAUGGUCGGUUCUUCUGUCAGGCUGACGACGCAGAAGCGGAAGUAUCUCAAUCAUGCUUUAUUUUGCAGUUAAGAUAUACAUGAGUCAGGAAGAACUAUAUACAAAGCUUCCAGUAGCUGCAUGUAUCAGAUUCAAAACACUGAUGCUUGCCUACAAGGCCAAAAAUGGACCAGCGCCAUCUUACCUCAGUGACCUCAUCAC